GCCUGACAGGAAGCGGUUGUUCUCAUCAGCGGACGGCGCUCGCAGCUCGAUGGUGCGCUCUCCGUGUGUUUAUUAAAUCAUCUGGCGUUUCUAAGUAGCUCAGAGAUGGAGGUGAACAGGGACGAAGCGGAGCGCUGCAUCGAGAUCGCGAUCGGAGCGCUGGAGAGCGCGCAGCCGGAGAAAGCGCGCAGGUUCCUGGAGAAAGCGCAGCGGCUGUUCCCGACGCGCAGAGCCCGGGAGCUGCUGGCGUCUCUGGAGCAGAACGGCGAGGCGUCGUCUCAGAACGGUGCUGCUGGAGCCGACGCCACGGAAGCUCGUCAGCGCAGGUCAGGGGUCAGCAGUAACGGGGCGGCACCUGUCGACUCCACUAAACCCUACACACCUGAGCAGGCCGAGGCCGUCAGAAGAAUAAAGCAGUGCAAGAACUACUACGAGACCCUCGGUGUGCAGAAAGACGCCUCCGAAGACGACCUGAAGAAAGCCUACAGGAAACUGGCGCUGAAGUUCCACCCCGAUAAGAACCACGCCCCGGGAGCCACGGAGGCGUUUAAAGCUAUAGGAAACGCGUACGCCGUCCUGUCUAACGUGGAGAAGAGACGGCAGUACGAUCAGUUCGGGGAGGAGCGCAGCGGCUCGGCCCGCUCCAGUCACGCCAACGACACGCACUUCGAGGCCGACAUCUCUCCGGAGGAUCUCUUCAACAUGUUCUUCGGAGGAGGCUUCCCUUCCAGUAAUGUUCACAUGUACAGUAACGGACGGAUGCGCUUUAAUCAGAAUCACGCGGAGAGAGGAGAGCACCGAGGGGGCGGUCUUGCUCUACUCAUGCAGCUGAUGCCCAUCCUCAUCCUCGUCAUCGUCUCAGCUCUCAGUCAGAUGAUGGUGACCAACCCUCCCUACAGUCUCAGCUUCAGACCGUCGGCGGGUCACACACACAAGCGCGUGACGGAGAACCUGGGCGUGACGUACUACGUGAACGAGCGCUUCACUCAGGAGUACAGCGGCCCGGCUCUGAAACGAGUGGAGAGCAGCGUAGAGGACGACUACAUCUCCAACCUCAGGAACAACUGCUGGAAAGAGAAACAACAGAAGGAGGGUCUGCUGUACCGUGCGAGGUAUUUCGGGGACAGUGAUCUGUAUCAGCGGGCUCAGCGGAUGGGAACCCCGAGCUGCUCUCGUCUGUCUGAGGUUCAGGCGUCUUUACACGGAUAGAUGAAUCACUGCACUACCUGGUUCCAAAAAAAACAAUCUCUCCAGUCUGGAAUAUGGAAGAACGCCAUACGGAUUGUACAUACAUUUGUUCGAAAAACAGGGCUGAGCAGUGCAGCAACUCCUGAACUUGAUUAGAAAGACUUACUGUGAGGGCUGUGUGUGUGUGUGUGUGUGUGUGUGUGUGUGUGUGUGUGUAUGUCAAUGAGGGCGUGUGUGUGUGUGUGUGUGUGUGUGUGUGUGUG